UCGUCUCUUUUUCCAAAUGGCACAUUCCCUUCUCACCUCUGAACGGGAUUCCCUAUCGUCCGUCCUGCUCGGCCUUCUCCCUAGCAAUGUCCGCCAAAGCGUUUACUCCCGCUCCUCCUCCUCCGCGCGAUCAUCAUCGGCCGCCAUUCCACGGCCUCCCUCUGCAGGCUCCAUCGCCCCUCCUCGCCGCGUUCUCCGUUGCAACAGAAUCUUCCGACGGCUGCGAUCUUCGCUGUGGUUCUGGCUGCAAUCGUGGCCGUUCACUGGGCCAGCCUCUCUACCGUCAUCGUCAUCGUCACUCCGUCCCGUCUCAUCCGCCUCGUCCACGUCAGCUCUUCCCGUCGGGUCCUCUCCCUCACGCCAGGGGUCGUUCGAUCGGAGAUCCGCGAGAUUCUUUCCCCGCUCUCCCGCGGGGUUCUCCUGCCUGCGAAAGCCGCAUCCGCUGGUGGCGCUGCUGCUGCUGGCCUUGGCUCUCAUCAGCCUGUGGGACGUGGAAUUCGUGGUGGAAAUAGGCGACGCACGCAGCAGCAGGCAGGCUGCGGCACGUGAGGAGAAGAAUCCGAACGCGUACGAGCGGAGGGGAAGGUGGGGAUUCGGAGAGGAGAGCUUGCGUCAUCCGACGUCAUGGUCGUCGUCGUCAUCAUUCCACGGAUCGUCGGCCCCGUUAUUGUCACAGAAUUCUCCGUUACUGUACCCGUCGCUGGCGCUGGACCAGGGGAAUCACGUGGCGGCUCCCAUGCGCGCCAGGCUGCUGGGCCUCGCGGCCCAGUCGCUGGUGGAGAAGCAGUGGCAGCCGGAGCCGCACGAUUUGUGGGAGGAGCCACCAGAGGCACUGCAGUGGCGGCCAUGCGCGCUUGGCGACUCUUCCUCCUCCUCUCGCCAUGGCACCCGCGGGGCUCUUGAUCCUCCUGCCCGUGGGAGCGCCAAUGCGUCAAAGGAGGGCGCUGCUAGUGCUGGUUCUGCUGGCAGUGGGGGCGGUGGCAGCAGCAGCAGGGGCAGCAGCAGCGGGGAGUGGGAGGGCGUGGGUCCGUUCUUCUCUGUGGCGGCAAAGGGUGGCCUCAGCCAGUUGAGAGUCGCGAUAUGCAAUGCAGCAGCGGUGGCGUUCUACCUCAACGCCACCCUCCUCCUCCCUCACUUCCUCUCCUUCUCCUCGGCUAGCCAGUUUGGGGAGGUGUUUGACGCAGAUCAUUUCAUCGCCUCGCUAGCACCUCAAGUCAGAGUGGCCAAGAAGCUUCCACGAGCCCUCCAGUCCCUUGAUAUCAACAUCAUGGGAGUCAACGUAACGGAAAAGCAGUUCCCAAGGGAGGUCCCCCUGCAGCUCUUCCUGCGCCUUGUGCCACUGAUGAAGAGGGUGGGGCUGAUCCACUUCCACGGCUUCCUCAAUGCACUGGCAUCCGACCCCAUGCCGAAGCAUGUCCAACGCCUGCGCUGUCGCUGCAUGUUCCACGCCUUGACCUUCCUGCCAGCCAUCCGUGCCACGGCACAGCUGGCGAUCCAACGGCUGAGAUCGGCCAACGGCGUACUGCCACGUGUGCAGGAAGAGGGGAUGGAUGGUGAGGAUGAAGCGGGAAAGCGUACUGCGGGAAGUGGGGGAGAGUGGGUAGGAGGUGGCGGAAGGAAGAGGAUGGAAGGCCAGGUGGAUAUUCAGCACAAUCAGGUCAAAGUCCAGGUGAAAACCGCUGCUCAGGUGACUGGCAGUAAAUCUGGUCAGGUGCAUAGUGACGUCGGUCAGCUGGGCUCUCAAGAUGCUCCACAAGCCAGCCGUUGCUACGUGGCAGCGCACAUACCGUUCGACGCCAUCUCCGCCGCCUACUCCCUCUGCUCCUUCACCCAACGAGAUCAAAGCCAAGACGAAGCAGAUGAAGAAGCGGAGCAGCUGCGGGACAUACGGCGCCUGCUGUUCCCCGUGCUGCACGACUACGAGCGCCAGGGCCGCCUCAACGCACCUGACUGGUACCGCCGCAUCGGCCGCUGCCCCGUGGCCCCCGAGGAGGCGGCCGUGGUGCUGGCCGCCAUGGGGUUGAGGAGGACGCGGCCUGUGUUCCUGGUAGGGGUGUCUGCGCACCCGUGCGGGAUCGUGCUUGGGGAUGAGGGGCUGCUUAGCAGGGAGGGUGGUGGGGAGGAGGAGGAGGCGGAGGCUGUGAGAGAACGGGUGGUCAUGAGUCUGCUUGGAGAUGGCGGGUUUUCUGGUGGGGAGAGUGGUGGAGGGGAUGGGGAGAAGCAGAAUAGGCCGGAAGAGGAGCAGCAGCUGAGAGCCCAGCAGGAGGAGCAGUUGAAAGGACAGGGCAGGAGGUGGUUCAACGGGUGUCGCCGGCUGGAAGCCUUCCGAGCACUCUUCCCCUCGCUCUCCUCCAUCGACACCCUGCUCUCUCCCCACGAGAUCGCACCCUACGCACACUCGCCUCUGCUGCUCACUGCCCUUGAAACCAUAGUGGCCAGCGAUUCAGAUCUCUUCCUUGCAGCGGAUGGCAGCAGCCAGCUGGCGGCGCUGGUGGCGGGGCGGCGCAUGUACUUCAGAUCUAGUCCAGACAAAAGAUCCAAUUGCACGACGACUGGCUGUAACUCUAGCAGCGAAUCUGGUUACCAGCGCGGUUACAGGCCAUCCGUGCGCAUCCACCGCGCAAAGUUGGCAGAAGAUUUGGGCGGCGGGAAAGAUCUGCGGGCGGGGGAGGAGUGGAGGGGUGACGCGGAGGAAAAAAUAAUGGAGUGGGAAGAGGUGGAGGAGAGAGUGAGGGAGAUGGCAGGGGAGAGUAAGGCAGUGGGGAAGAGGAGGGUAUCGAGAAGUGUGUAUCGGCAUCCCCGGGAUGAGGCGUGCAUGUGCUUUGGGGAGGACAAGGGAGGAGAGAAGGAGGAGGGGGAAAGCGAGGAGGGGAAAGGGGCAGCAGAUGAAAGGGGGGGAGGGAAGGAGAUUAAGAACUAUGGUUUGGAGGAGGGGGAUAUGGAGGGGGGUUUGGAGCAUGGAGUGGACAGGUCGGGUGUGGGGAGGAGUGGUGUUGCUGGGUCUAGUGUUUUGAGGGCUGAUGGUACAUUGAGAGCUGGUGGUGUGAAUGAGAUGGGUGGGAGAGAGAGGAGGACAGAGAAGAGGGAAGUAAGGGGAAAGAGGAGAGUGGGUAAGGGUGGUGGAGGCAACGGGCUCGCAAGGGGGCUAGGGCUUCGAGGAGUGGCUGGGGGAAGAGGUGUUGGUGUUGGUGUGGAGGAGGAUGAGGAUGAAGGGGAGGGGAAUGUAUUAGGUAAUAUGUUCGAUGGGGUUGGGAGCAGCAAGGAGAGGAGGGAAGAGGAGGAGCAAGAAAUUGUAAGGAGAAUGAAGACGGAAGCGGAGAGUAUGGCCAAGGUGGAAGAUGAGCGACGAUCACAUGAGGAACAGAUGAGGGAUAGCGAUAUAGCGGACUUUUCACUCAUUAAUGAACGCGAAGGGGCACAAGGGAUCCGCAAUACAAGCUUGUGGAACCACCCCGAUUCCCUUCAUGCAUAACUACUUGUCUCGAAUUAUUUUCUUUACUAAUCUGUACGAGGCGUACGUUUAGCG